CCCCUUCUCCCUUCCCCUAUGCUGUGCGAAGCUGAGCACCGAAACCCUAACCUAGAGCUAUUUAGCUAUUUGACAGUCCUCCUAACUUCUGAAGUUUUUGCAAAAAUUAUUGGGUGUACAUGUGUACACCCAUGUCCCUUUACUGGUUCCGCCCCUGCUAACUGGAGUUUUGGUUGACCACCUGAAGCAGGGUUCUGCUGAACCCCAUGCCCAAAUUUAAAUCCAGCCCGAUUUGUAAGUCAUGCAGUUCGAUGAUGACCGGGACGCUGGUGUGGGUGGUGGCAACGGUGAAGUUGAUGACAGAGUGGACGAGCCUGCCAGCUGUUCAGAUGCCUACGCUGUGGCAUCAGCGCAAAUGCGACACCUCAUAUGCGUCGUGGACCAGAGGGUCGUAGGACUUUAUGCAAUGCGUGCGGCAUAGCUUGGGCAAAGGGGAAAAUGAGAAAAGUUAUUGAUUCUGAUACCCACAUAGAUGAUGCCACAGUUGCAAAAAUGGUGCCGGAAGUCGGCAUGGAAUUUGACAAUGAAGAUAAAGCAUAUGAGUUCUACAAUAGGUAUGCUGGACAUGUGGGAUUUAGUGUUCGUAAGAGUUCAUCAGACAAAUCAGCUGAAAAUAUCACAAGGUCAAGAACUUGUGUAUGCUCGAGAGAAGGUUUCCGAAAGGACAAGAAAGGAGCUAAAGAAGUUAAGAGACCACGACCAGAAACAAGAAUAGGGUGCCCUGCACGGAUGACAAUUAAGAUUACAUCAGAUGGUAAAUAUCGUAUUGCAGAAUUUGUAGCAGACCAUAACCAUGAGCCAGCACCCCCAUCAACCAUGCAUAUGCUGAGAUCUCAGAGAGUACUAACUGACCUGCAAACAACUGAAGCAGACUCUUCAGAAGAUUCAACAACACCUUCAAGGAUUUCCAGUGGUUGUUUAGUCAGGCAGGCAGGGGAAACUACAAACCUCAACUUUCUCCCUGCUGAUUACAGGACUUCCCUUCCUUCAAAGCGUAUGAAAAACAUGCAGCCCGGUGAUGCAGGGGCCGCUGUAAAGUACUUUCAGAGCAUGCAGAUGAGUAGUCCUUCAUUCUUCCAUGCUUUUCAACUCGAUGAGGAUGACAAACUGACCAACAUUUUCUGGGCUGAUUCCAAAUCUAGAACUGACUUCAGCUACUUUGGUGACGUAGUUUGUUUGGACACUACUUACAAGGUAAAUUCACAUGGCAGGCCAUUAAUGCUCUUCCUCGGAGUGAAUCACCAUAAGCAAAUUUCCAUAUUUGGCGCAGCUUUGCUUUACGAUGAAUCAAUGGAGUCUUUCAAGUGGUUGUUUGACACAUUCAAAGUUGCCACUGGUGGAAAGCAGCCAAAAACAAUCUUGACUGAUCAAUCAAUGACAGCAACAGCUGCCAUAACAGCAGCAUGGCCAGGUACAAUUCAUCGUCAUUGUCCAUGGCAAGUUUACCAAAAUGCUGUCAAACACCUUAAUCACAUCUUCCAAGGUUCUAAGACAUUUGCGAAGGAUCUGAGCAAAUGUGUUUAUGAAUAUGAGGAAGAAGAGGACUUCUUGCUGGGUUGGAGUACUAUGCUAGAGAAGUAUGAUCUCAGAAACAAUGAAUGGCUUCGCAAGUUGUUUCAAGAUCGAGAUAAAUGGGCUCCGGUGUACAAUAGGCAUGUCUUCACUGCAGAUAUAAAAAACUCACUGCAAUCAGAAAGUAUAAGUAGUGUCUUGAAAAAAUACUUGAGCCCACAGUUUAAUUUGUGUUCUUUCUUCAAGCAUUUUGAAAAAGUACUGGACGAACAUCGAUACUCAGAGCUACAAGCUGAUUUUCAUGCAAGCCAAAGCUUUCCAAGAAUACCUCCCUCCAAAAUGCUGAGGCAAGCUGCUAGCAUGUACACACCAGUAGUUUUUGAAAUUUUUCGUAGAGAGUUUGAGAUGUCUGUGGAUUCAGUAAUUUAUAGUUGUGGCGAGGCUGGGACUGCAUCUGACUAUAGAGUAGCAGUAACAGAUAAACCAGGGGAGCACUAUGUUAAGUUUGAAUCCAGUGACUUCUCUGCGGUUUGCAGCUGUAAAAAGUUUGAAUCAAUGGGUAUUCAGUGCUGCCAUGUGUUGAAGGUUCUUGACUUCAGAAAUAUAAAAGAGUUGCCACAAAAAUAUUUCAUGGGAAGAUGGAAGAAGGACGCAAAGUCUGCAAAUACAGGCAAUCAAGAAUUUCUGAACGAUGGAGCUUCACAAACUCCAAGCUCUUCUUUAAAUGGUCCAGGACCAUUUAUCCAUCACCAACACAUGGAAACAAAUAAUCAGACUAACCAUGAUUCCUCUGUUUCAAACUUGGACCAGCAAGGCCUUCAUGGAGACGCACAAAGGAAUCAGGAGUUCAGUACUUCAGUGUCUUCCACAUUUCUGACUUGCGGUUGUUCGACAGGGUUAUACCCCCGUGGCCGGGGUGCAGCAGCUAGAGUUCGUAGGGAAUUUUCAUCUAAACAAUGGAGCAGGUUUUUGAUAAAAAAAAAUUGAACUGGAGCUUUGGACCAGCUGGUAAAGAAGACCAUGAAACAUGCCAUUUAUUAUUCAGUUUUUUCAAUAUACUUUUCUCAUGAAAGCUUUGUUGCACAUGCCCUGUAAAUUAUAAUGUGUGUUUCGGUAGCAUCAGAAUGUAGAAUCUAGCUAGGUUUCUAGAAAGAUUAGGCACUGUUAGGCGGACCUUGAAUCAAUUUUUUUUGGCAGUCAGAUGUUUGGUUAUUUAAUGUUAUCAAGAAUGAAAGUUCAUUUGGCUUGUGGAUGGUAAUAGUCUCGAUCUUGUGUUGCUGAAAUGACCAUGUCGAACGAUGUAUUUUUU